CCCUCAGCAGGGUCGUGCAGAUGACGGAGGAGACGCUGGGUACUUCGGAAAAGACCGAGUUAGACGCGCAUUUGGAACACCUGGCGGAGAGAGGAAAUGCCACCAAAACGUGGACGGAGAAGAUACUGCGGAACAUGGAAGCGGUGCUUACUCCGAAUCCUGGUAACAGGAUUGAAGAUUUCUUUUUUGAGAAGAUUGAUAAGAGGAGACCUAACAGGUUGAGCAAUUUGGAGUAUGUAGGCGGCGAUAUGAUAGAAGCUGGGAAUGAUUUCGGCCCGGGGAUAGCUUACGGUAGCGCAUUAAUAAAAGUCGGCCAGUGCCAGCAGAGAUUGGGGCAGAUCGAAAGGGAUUUCAUAGGGACUGCCGCUAAUUGUUACAUACAGCCUCUGAGGAAGUUCUUGGACGGAGAAAUGAAGACUGUCAGCAAAGAAAUGGCGAUAUUGGAAAAUAAAAGAUUGGAUCUGGACGCGUGUAAAAAUAGAGUAAGGAAAGCGAGGAGCAUGCUGGGCCAACAGAGUGAGUCUGGCAUAUCACCCGAAGUGUUGCUGGAUCAGGCAGAGAGGGAGCUGAGGGUAGCGCAAUCGGAGUUCGAUCGACAAGCGGAGAUCGUGAAACUGCUGCUGGAGGGUGUCUCGAGCUCGCAGGCCGGACACUUGCGAUGCCUGCACGAAUUCGUGGAGGCGCAAGCACGUCAUUACGCGCAGUGCCAUGCCGUCAUGCAGGAUCUGCAGCGCGAGCUUGCCGGGGCACGUCAACCGAGCCCUAUGCUGAGAGUCAACAGCGAGGAAGUGAUCGAGCUAAAUCCCUCGCCCACUCUCCCCCAAAACUCGUCCGUAACCGCCGAAUCUGCCGAUUACGUUACCGCCACAUUCGACACUGAUAUGAGUAAAGUUUAGUUUUCAACCCCUCGAAUAUGAGCGUUGAGUACGGAUUAUUAUGAAUUUCGAAUCCAGUUGGUAAUUAACGAAAAUCUACGUUAGCUAUCACGCAAUAUUCCCUUUCUAGCGACGUCUGUUGAAGUUACUUCACGUACGCGUUAAAAAUCUUGAUCCCGAGCUUAAUCGUUACAGACUUGUUAUCGAAUAAAUACUCUAUAACGUUAUAUAAUUGUAUAUUUAGGCGAAAUAGAACGGACGGAGCAUCCUAAAC